GCUUCUGCUGAGCUCAUGUCAUUUCUGGGACUAGCUUCAAUCCUCAGCCCAGCCCGCAUGGCAGCACCUGUUUUAGUUAUGCCCGUGAGGACCAAAAAGAGAUACUUCAUACCACCAGCCGUGGGAGCCAAGCAAAGAACAAUGGAUGACAUGAUAAAGAAAGCACGAGCAGCUGGAGUGGUAACCCCUCAAGAAACCAUGGAACGGCCCAUUAAUAUAGCCUGCACUGCUGGGAUACUUGACCCCUAUGUUCCUCCGGAGGGAGAUGCCCGCCUGUCCUCACUUUCCAAGGAAGGUCUAAAGCAGAGAACUCAGCAGCUGAAACAAACAGCGGCUUCUCAGCUGGCAAUCCGAAAGGUUAAGGAAUAUGACAGUGAAUUUACUACCAAGACAUUCCCAGAAAAGGCUCAAGAAAUAUUCAUCACAGCACACAAGUACCUAACAAAUUUUGAUCGUCACAAAUUACACACCUUGGUGACUGAGCGUUGUUAUCCGGAAAUGGUUCGUGGCAAUAGGUAUCGUACUAUUCGAUGGAGUUUUGUGGAGUCUAUAGAGGCCCCUCGAGUAGUUCAGGUCCGCUGCCCUGAGAUGGUCAGCAAAGGGAACCUCUACGCACAAGUAACAGUGCGUAUGCACAAUAAGCAGACCCUGAUCGUCUAUGACCGUUUUGGAAGAGUGAUGUGCGGAAGUGAGGAACCACGAGAUGUUUUAGAGUAUGUGGUUUUCGAACGUCACAUGGUGAAUCCCUAUGGAACAUGGAGAAUGCACGGCAAAAUUGUUCCUUCUUGGGCUCCCCCCAAAGAGCCCAUUGUAAAGACUGUACUGUUACCAGGACAACAGCUGAAGCCGUGCCAGGAGCUGGAUGAUAUCAGCUUUGAAAAGGCAGAACCUGUUCCCCAGCAGUGGUACAAAUAGUACAGUCUCUUGGAAGCAGAUUCAACUCCCAGAAUUCUCCUCAUCCUUUUUUUGUUCUCCGUUCAAUUGCAGGUUUCUAGCUUGUUAAAAGCCAGUGCACUGAACACAGUGUAAACAUGAUUGUUGCUGAGUAAAUCUGUCAUGCAUGGAUGAUGCAGAGCGCUAACUAGGCCAGAGAAGGUUUGGAAGCAGGUGUGUUUAACCAUCAGUAAAAAAAUCUCCACAUCCAUUUAUACAGUUAUAGAGCAACGAAGGUAGCCUGAAAACUCAGGUACAGUGAAUAAAAACAAUAUUUAUGUGACAUAAUGUAAUAAAAAGAGAAAUGUGCCCCGGUCUAGCUCGCAGAGUCUUUGUAUGAAAGAGCUAACCAAUGAAUCCUGUCUGCUGAAUGGUUGCUAUGGGUUACUAGACUUCUUUUAAUUACAUUUCCCCCACUGUGUUUUAGUUUUCCAUUAAAUGGGAGUCAUUGUUGGGGUUACAAGGAAGGUUUUUAGCACACCCUAUGCUGUUAUUGAGAGGAGGUGAUAGGAAUAUAUUACGCAAUAACAACCAUUUCAGUAUACAAAUAUGUUAUCAUCCCUGGUCAGAGUUAGCACUGGUCAGAAAUCAGAAAGCAAACUGUAAAAAGAGAGAGGAUACUUUUUUAUUUUGAUGAGCUCUUAUCACAGACAAAGGAUGAGUUUUUAUAACCUGUAACUUCCAGUUUAUUUCUGACUGUAAAGUAAAGUAAUUUCAGCAAAAAAA